AUGAACAAGCCAAAUUCGGUGCGCUGCCCCUUGGUAACAACGCAUAUUGGAGGUCAGGAUAUUGCAAGGCAGCAGGUACUGAUUGUGGAUAGCGAGACGCUGGCAUGUGUCACGAACACACAAGUACUCUUGUACAAUGUCCACAAUUUUCCACCGGUUUGUGAGGGAAAUAUCAGUCCUCCGCCAGAAGGAAGUUGUCUGGGAAACCCUUACGUGUUGCAUUCUUCAAACGACUUUGAGGAUGAUGGCGGAGUGUCUGCAGUCGCAGUAGACAACGAUUACGGGCUCAUCGCCGUCUGCGGCAGGAGCAUCGGCAAACCUGCAAGCAUUUAUGUGUACUCCAUAAGGACGUUGGAACGAAUGCGGCAAUGCAAGGCCUUUAGCGAGCGUGGCUUCUCCGUUGCUACCUUCCGUGGGAAGUUUUCUUUAGCUGACACGGAAGCGCGAAGCUUUGCGCAGAAUUCGACUACUGCAAAGUGCCAUGGGGAUGAGGCACUGCCGGAAGAGAGUGACAGCACCCAACAGAGCAUUAGAGAGCACGAUAUGGACAACGAUAUCAGCGGAGCAGAAUCUCCCUCGGAGGAGCUCGCAGCCGGGGGAUAUCCUCGCGACAACACUGUUGAGGAAGAAUUAUAUGACCCUAAGCAAGUGCCGUUGCUCGCUGCUGUAGGGUGGGAGGGGGACGGCGGAGAAAGUGCAUCACUUUCCUGCUGUUACCUGACACUCUGGAACAUCUCCACAGGGCGCCCAUUUCUUCGCCUCAAAACCCCUGCGCUACAAGUGAUAUCAUUAGAAGGCUCUUCAGUUGUGAACUCGGAAGCUUCUCACGGACAGCAGCAAGAAACGCAGAGCGAAUCAACUCAGCUCAAUAGAGACACCGUAACGUGUCACCAAGGGGCAAUCAACAGCAUGUUUCGAGAUCCAAAGAAUACAGAUCACGUAGUCUCCGCUGGCGAUGAUGGGCAAAUGAAAUGGUGGGCUGUCCACGAUGUGCUGGAAGCAGCUAACUACAUCACAGAAGAACCCAUUAUUUCAAUUUCAGUGGUUAAGGUAUUCACCAUGCCAUCGAGGAUGUCCAUCAAGCGGGUUCUUCCCCACAGAGCUUUCACUGAGCUGAGCGAUAUGAAGUCAAGUGUGCGGAGUCAGCCUCUGAACAGGGAUAGCGCGAGCCCAUUCUGGGUAAUAGUUUCUGGGUGCGGCAUUACUUGGCUUUUCUCUCCUGACUCAAACUACUUACUUAAGACUUGCUUACGGUUGGAGGUGAUGGAUCGAUACGCACAUGGGAUGGCCCACCUUGCCUCAUGCCAUUGA